AAUUUGCCCUAUAAAUAGAACACGGACUACUAUUUCCCAACUCUGUCUCUCACACAAAAAAAUCUAGCUGAACGAGAGCUCAAAAAUUCUCUCUCUAAAUUCCGGCGAAAAAUCAUGGCGGCGUUGAGUCUCCGGAAGGGAAAUACACGGCUACCGCCGGAAGUAAACCGAGUGCUAUACGUUCGUAACCUUCCGUUCAACAUUACGAGCGAAGAGAUGUACGAUAUUUUUGGUAAAUACGGUGCUAUUAGGCAGAUCCGUAUUGGUACUAAUAAGGAUACGCGCGGUACUGCUUUCGUUGUUUAUGAAGAUAUUUAUGAUGCUAAAACCGCCGUUGAUCAUCUCUCCGGCUUCAAUGUCGCUAAUCGAUACUUGAUAGUUCUGUAUUACCAGCAAGCGAAGAUGAGUAAGAAAUUUGACCAGAAGAAGAAGGAGGAGGAGAUAACAAAGAUGCAGGAGAAGUACGGUAUUUCCACCAAAGAUAAGUGAUAGGGGAACUUCUAUUACUUUUUUCUUUCCUUCAUUAUGUAAAUCGAGCCAGUCUGAGCAAGGAGUGCAUCACUUUUUCUGGCCACCAAAUUAUCAGAAAGAGUAGCUUGUAGUACUGUAUCUUUAUUGGAAGUUUGUAACGGAUAGUUUUUGAGAUGAUUGAAUAUUGUCAGAUGUUUCUACCUA